UAGUACUUUGGUCAAAGCAGCUCUGUGUAGUAGCAUCAUGCAGAAAAGCCAUUAAUUUGCCUGGAGUGACUUGAUGGUUGGUGGUCAGGUGCCUAAGAAAAGUGGGAUGUGAGACUGGGUUUCAUGUUUUAGCGGGGAUUGAUUGGCCUCUGCUGGGGAAAGUGGAUGGAUGUUUAAUAAUGUUGCCAACAUCUGAAGUAUAAAAAGAGGGGCUCUUACCAAGGCUAGAUCCAGUUGCCCCCAGCCCUCUCCAACUAGAAAGUAGAGGAAAUCUCUUGCCCUUCAACAUCAUUGUGGCUACCAAGAGGAGGCCCUAUUAUUGGGCAAAGAGGAAGCCAGAACCCUUGUAUCAUUUAGUACAUUUUGGGCUUAAAAAUAGGAAGAGGGAGUGACGAUAAAUGGAUCAAGAAAGAGAUUUGAAAAUAAUGGUGGAGGAGUGAUGUACACUGAUAGAGCAGUAGAAAGGGAAACAGCUUAAGUAUUGAGCACCUGUUGUGUACCAGGAGCUUUAUGGCUUUAUAUAUGUUAUCUCAGUUAACUCUCCAGUGACCACAUAGGCUUUGAUGGAAGUAGAAACAGGUUACUAGAGCAGAGGCACAGCAACUUGCUUUUAAGCACAGGCAGGUAAGAAACAGAGCUGAGCUUGCAAGCCUGCUCCUAGCAGUGAGCCUUGCACUCUCCUGGGUUUAGGGUGACUGCAGUCAACUAAACCCCAGUCAGGUGGCUAGUUUUUGGCAGCAAGAAGAGAAUGAAAGUUUGGGCAGUGAUGAACAUUUUGUUUAGCAGCACUUUUACAUUUCUUUCCUAAGCAGCUUUCCAGCUAAUGGCCGAUCACACAGAGUGUACAAGUGCGUUUUGCUAAUAAAUAGGACUGCCUCCCCCACCGAGCCACGGAAGCGCUAAGAACCCAACCGCGCAAUUCCCAGCACAGCAGCGCCCAAGAUGCCUGAGGGUGGACCCAGAGGCGGGGUGGGGCCACCUUGGCUGCCCGGGGAUUUGAGCCGGGGGUGGGCGGGGAGGAGCAAUUGUGACCUGCCCGGGUCCCUCCCCUCCCUGGGCACUGUGAUGCUGCAGGGCAGCUGCUGGCCUAGCAUGUCUGUCCCCAGACCCCUCCCGGCUGGUGUGUCACAACAGCGGAGGCGGCUGUAUCUAGAGCACUUGGGGUGGGCAGGCCCAGCUGGGAGGCAAGCCGGCGAGGAGAGCGGCCGCGAUGCGGGAGUGCAUAUCAGUCCACGUGGGUCAAGCCGGAGUUCAGAUUGGCAAUGCCUGCUGGGAGCUCUUCUGUCUGGAACACGGCAUCCAGGCGGAUGGCACCUUUAGUGUCCAGGCCAGCAAGGUCAACGACGAUGACUCAUUCACCACCUUUUUCAGUGAGACUGGCAAUGGGAAACAUGUGCCUCGGGCUGUCAUGGUAGAUCUGGAGCCUACUGUAGUAGAUGAAGUUCGGGCAGGAACCUACCGUCAGCUCUUCCAUCCAGAGCAGUUGAUCACAGGGAAGGAGGAUGCAGCUAACAACUAUGCCCGGGGCCACUACACAGUGGGCAAGGAGAGCAUCGACCUGGUGCUGGACCGCAUACGGAAGCUGACAGAUGCCUGCUCUGGCUUGCAGGGCUUUCUGAUCUUCCACAGUUUUGGUGGGGGCACUGGCUCUGGCUUUACUUCUCUGCUGAUGGAACGGCUCUCCCUGGAUUAUGGCAAGAAGUCCAAGCUAGAGUUUGCUAUCUACCCAGCCCCUCAGGUCUCCACUGCAGUGGUGGAGCCCUACAACUCCAUUCUGACCACUCACACCACACUGGAACAUUCAGAUUGUGCUUUUAUGGUGGAUAAUGAAGCUAUCUAUGACAUCUGCCGCAGGAACCUAGACAUCGAGCGCCCCACCUAUACCAAUCUCAACCGCCUCAUCAGCCAGAUUGUGUCUUCCAUCACUGCCUCUCUCCGCUUUGAUGGGGCCCUUAAUGUGGACCUCACUGAGUUCCAGACCAACCUGGUGCCCUACCCCCGCAUCCACUUCCCACUGGUCACUUAUGCACCCAUUAUAUCUGCUGAGAAAGCCUAUCAUGAACAACUCUCCGUGGCUGAGAUAACCAGCUCCUGCUUUGAGCCCAACAGUCAGAUGGUGAAAUGUGACCCAAGACAUGGGAAGUACAUGGCCUGCUGCAUGCUCUACCGGGGGGACGUGGUGCCUAAGGAUGUGAAUGUUGCUAUUGCUGCCAUCAAAACCAAGAGGACUAUUCAGUUUGUAGAUUGGUGUCCCACAGGCUUUAAGGUGGGCAUCAACUAUCAGCCACCCACAGUGGUGCCAGGAGGGGACCUGGCCAAAGUUCAGCGGGCUGUUUGCAUGCUGAGCAACACUACUGCAAUUGCGGAGGCCUGGGCCCGCCUGGACCACAAGUUUGACCUCAUGUACGCCAAGCGGGCCUUUGUGCAUUGGUAUGUUGGAGAGGGAAUGGAAGAAGGAGAAUUUUCUGAGGCCAGGGAGGACCUGGCUGCUCUGGAGAAGGAUUAUGAAGAAGUGGGGACUGAUUCAUUUGAAGAAGAAAAUGAAGGGGAGGAGUUUUAAAUAUAACACUUUCCCCUUGGCUGUGUCUCUUUAUUUAUGCUUCUCCACUCAAAGCACGUUUAACUAUUCCAAGAGUAACAGACUAUACUCCUAAGCCCAGCCUAAUUUCUGUUUUCCAUUGGAAGAGGUGUCUAACACCAGUGCCUGUGGGUGACUGGGCCAAAAAUGGAUGCUGAACUGUUCAGACCCUCCCUUGGGUAAAAGCAGCUUUGUGUCACUAAAAAAAAAAAAAAAAAAAAAAAAAAAAA